CAAUAAUUUGAUAAAUAUUACUAUCCUGAUAUUAAUAGCCAAUAGCCAAACGUAAUGAUACUUAUGAAUAUGCCGACGAAUCAUCAGCUUCCCAAUUGACUACAGAUGACGGAAGUAAUGAUACCGUGCAAGAUUGAAUUGACGAAUCAUCGUCAUCCCGUUCGACGAUGACGACAUUUUUUAACGGCAUGCAGGAUUACAAAGAGGCGACGGAAAAAAUUCGACAUGGUCGCCAGUGAUAAUAAUCGAAAUACUCUACCGGGUGUUAGUCAAUUAGCACACUUUUGGGGCCCAUCAUAUUUUCAUUCAACAGACAAUAGGAGGACAACUCCAGACAACAGUGAUGAUUAGAAUAGCAGCUUUUGCACUACUAUCCACAUGUCUUGCGUUCAGCGGGUCUGUCGCUGUUGUGGUGAGGAAUCAUGCGAACCCUAUCGUUUUUGGGGUGGUCCCGCAAAGAACAAUAAUGGGGUCAACAAUGACGGCUUCAGCAACGCAAAAUAUGCCAACUACGAGGAAAUCGGUAGUCUUAUUCGGGAUUAAAAAGAACAGAAAUAAGGAAGAAGACGAAUACACCUACGACAUUUAUGGCAAGGUGAAGAAGCCCAAGAAACGCCGCCGUCCCAUGAGGCGUGUAAAAAAGGUCUUUAAGAGCAUCAAGAAAAGAACGCUUGACCGACUCUUUCGCGAAAUCGAUACCAACGGCGAUGGGGUGCUAAGCAAACAAGAAAUCAGCGAGUAUACAUACCAGCACGGGACGUUCUUGUCGAAAGAAGAUGCGCAGGAAUUACUGUAUCUAUUGCGGCAAGUCAAAGAUUACAAUGGGGAUGGUGUGAUUAGCCCGGAUGAGUUUGAUCGAAGCCUAUCACGGUUUGUACUKCAAAACCAGAAGGAACGAGAAGAACUGCAUCAACUAGAACAAGAAUACCCAUAUCAACCGCAAACCUACCGACCGAAACCCAACCUGUACCAAACGCCCCCCGUCCACCGCCCUCUCGGCAGUUUUGACGAAUCGUCAAUCAAUCCCAACCACAACCUGAACAACAAUGACGGCGCGAUCGAUCCCAACCACAACAACCACAUCAACGGGACGAUGGAUCAGAACCGCAACCACAAUAACAACGGGGURAUCGAUCCCAACGACGUCAACGGCGUCGAGGUGGGAUCCCAGACCCACCAGAUAACCUCCAAGCCGAUGGACGUCGACUCCGAGAGCAGCGUAGAGAGAGUGAUGUUAGCCUCCAAUCGAACGAAGUUUGACUUAUUUGACGCCGACGGCGAUGGCACGAUCAGCGAGGAUGAAUUCGAUCGAGCUGCGGCAUUAUCGGCCUUGGGUGAGAAAGAUGACAGCUCCGAUAAAGUGGCCCGGUAUCUGGGCGAACUUGAACCACUUGAGCGCCAAGAAAUGCGGCUCGAUGGAUUCGAUCCUUACAUUUUAGUGUCGGUGCUGACAGCCGAGUCCUCCUUCGAUGUGAUUAACGACUACCAAUCCGAAUGGAACGAAAUCCUCUCGAAAACCUCGCUAGCGUCGCUGACGCCCGAGGAUUGGAUCGUGUCAUUGCUCCUGCUCACGGCGGGGACAUCGACCUUCAUCGGCAUCUACGCCGCCGUGAUCUUUUCGCUGACAGUUCUCUACGGGAGGACUGCCUUGGGCAUGAGCCGGGACGACGAAUACUUUGUGUUUCUAGACAACACUGGUCUGCAGCGCUUCCGCGGUUUCCAGGCCUUUUCGCUGAGUCUAGCGCUGUUCUGCGUGCUGGUGGUCCUUGAACUCUUCGAGAAAUCUCCAACAUUCUUGUGGCCACCCAUUGCGYUAGCGUCUGCAUUCUUUCUGUACGUUGGAAAAAGCGAAUACACUUUUAUCACGGAAGCAGCCGCACCAAUGUUUGCCCCUAGGACCGACAAUGACGACUACGACAAUGACGAAGACGAGGACGAAGGCGAUGAUGCCGGCCAAGAUGACGAUAACGAAGGUAAAGACCAAGAUGGUCGAAGAUAGUAAGUUCAGUAUGGGGAGCGCAAGAACCAAACAAUUCUUUCGUGGSCCGCUAUAAUUGAAAGAAAGCAACAUUAAGAUA